GUUGCUGAGGUGGGCACAUCCCGACGGCCGACCGCCAAGGUCCGGGGAAGCCCCAAAAGUAAAGGUCGGAGAUGGUGUCCUGACCCCCGCACCCCUGAUUCUGCCUCCCUCAACCUCCUGUGCCUGAGACGCGUCCCACCCCGCUAGGAUUUUGGGGCCGGGGGACGGAAGGGCUGAGCUGGAGGAGCGGGCUGGGGCAGGCCUUCACGCGUGCCCGCGCCGCAGCCCCACUCAUGGCUCCCAAGAGGGGCGGGCCCAGCGCGGGGCGCAGGCCGGGCGCGGCGGGAGACGCGGCCGAGCCGCCGCUGUCGGAGCGUGCGCAGCACCUGCAGCGCGAGUACAAGCGGCUCUCGGAGCAGCUGGACGCCUGCGAGGCGCGCGUGGACCGGGUGAUCGAGGCGAACGCCUUCCUGGACGGGGAGGCGCUGCGCUUGCGCGAGGAGAACCGGCUCUACGCCAGCUACGCGAGCGCGCGCGCGCAGCGCUGCGCCCAAGCCGUCGUCCGCCUGGAAGACCAGAACCGCGCGGACCUGACCCAGAUCCACUGUCAGCGGGCCGAGCUCGAGUCGCUCUACCACGGGCGCCAGGACGGAGUGCGCGCGCAGCUGCUGGAGAUGGAGGGGCGCGCGGCGCGGCUGGCGCGGCAGGUGCAGGAGCUGCAGCCCUACAAGGAGCUGCAGCUGGAGCAGUUGGCCCGGAUCCGGGCGCUGGAGCGCGAGCUGCUGCACAUGCGCGUGGAGCACACGCAGCUGCUUCACCGUGUGAAAAGGCGCUUCCUGGAGGACAAGGCGGCCUUCGAGCGCGAGGCGCGGCUGCGCGUGCAGUCCCUGGCGCGGCGCGCGGAGCGAGAGGCGGCGCGCGCGCUCGUCGCGCACACGCAGGCGGUCAAGGCUGACAACGUGCGCCUGCGGCAGGAGCUGCUGCGGCUGCUCGGCUGGGCCCAGCUGCUGCACGCCACGCGGCGCCAGCUGCUGGAGCAGCGUGAGCAGCUGUGGCGCGAGCACGAGGACACUCGGGACCUGGCUCGUGUGCACGGCUGGCUGCGCAGGGGCCCAGAGGGCCCGCCGCUCUGGCGGCCGCCGCCGCCACCGUCACCGUCGCCAUCGCGGCCCGCCACGCGUCAGGGGACCUUCGCCGCCUCCACAGUCCCAUCGCGCGAGCCCUCCCAGGUCCCGACAUGGCUCCCGAGUGUGGGCUCCAGGGCCCCAUCAAAGGCGGGUUCAGGGGUUUCAUUCCAGGCCCCGUUGCGCGCGGGCUCCGGGCGCCCAUCCUUGGUCGCGUACCAUCAGGCCUCCGGAGUCCUGUCCUUGACCCCGUCGCGCCCAGGCUCCCAGGUCUCUACGCGGGCCUCAUUACAGGGGGUCUCGCGGGACACCACCUCCUCUGCCAACUCUGUCCCGGGGCCAGGCUCUUCCGGCCGCCCAGACGCAGGAGACCGUGGACACUGACGCUGCUGGGGAAGCCGCCCCACGGGGGCCGUGGAGGGCGUGUGGAGGGGAGGGCGCGCGGCGCUCAGGCGUUUGGUGAACUCGGUGUUAAUAAAGG